UAAUAACCUCAGUACUAAUAAUAAUAUAUCUAAUUUUCUUUUACAACUGGUGUGUUGUGUGUUACAGAGCGAUUUAGUAACAUGGCUAAUCCAAAUGCCGGCGUGUGUGUUAUAAAAGAGGAAUUUGUUGUUAAAAAUUCCGAGAAAAAUGGUGGAAAUGUAAAAGACCCGAACUCUUGUGAGAAACGCAAAUUAGACGAAGCCCCCGACGGUAGCAAUAUAGAUAAUAAGAAGGCUAAAACUGGUGAUAACAAAGAACAACCACAAAAACCAAGGGAAAGGAAACGGGGGCAGAAUAAAGCAAGGCCAAAGACCUAUCAAGAUGACAAACAAAAUAAGCCAUGCCCUAGUAUCAUCAAUAUAAAAUCGGCGGCUGACUCACAAACUUGUAAGUAUGAUAACUGUAAAUUUAUUCACAACCCCCUGGAUUAUUUAAAGAAUAAGCCUAAGGAUUUAGGGGACCGGUGUCACCUGUUUGAACUUCGUGGUGAAUGCCCGCGGGGCAUUGCCUGCCGGUUUGGAUCUAGCCACCUCACGCCAGAGGGCUAUAAUGUGGUGAAUGAAAUUAAAGCCAAAGAAUGGAAAGAUGACAUAAAAAAUACUCUUCAAACUGAGCUUCAAAUAAGCUUACAAAAAAGAACCUACAAUUUUGAUCUAUCUGAAAAACUAGUGAAGGUUUUGGAUAAAAGAAAAACAGAUUCAAAACCUUUAUCAGAUGUAUCAAAACCAGAUCAAGACUUGAUUAAGAAAGAAGAUACUAAAAGUGGGGCAAUUACUGAUGAAGAUUUGAUCAAACUUUUACCUAGAGAAAGGAAAACUAUUGAUUGGCAGGAUAAACUAUAUCUCAGCCCUCUUACAACUGUUGGUAAUUUGCCAUUUAGAAGAAUAUGCAAGCAGUAUGGGGCAGACAUAACUUGUGGAGAAAUGGCUCUGUGUGAGUCUCUCCUCAAAGGAAUGAAACAAGAGUGGGCUCUAGUCAAAAGACAUGAAUCAGAGGACUUGUUUGGGGCACAAAUAUGCGGAACCAAUGUUUGGCAAAUCACAAAAGUGGCUCAGUUACUACAAGAAAAAACAGAACUAGAUUUCAUAGAUUUAAAUCUGGGUUGUCCUAUAGAUUUAAUUUAUAAGAAAGGAGGUGGCAGUGGCAUGAUGCACAGGUUGCCAACUUUAGAAGCUUCAGUUACCUGCGCUUCAAAGCUAUUAAGCAUACCAUUCACUGCAAAAAUUAGGACGGGAGUUUACCAGGACAAGAAAAUUGCUCAUACUAUUGUGCCCAAACUGGCAGAAUGUGGUGCCUCCCUUAUUACAUUACAUGGAAGGUCCAGGGAAGCCAGAUACACAAGAUCAGCUGACUGGGAGUACAUUGAAACCUGUGCUCAAGCAGCUAACCCUUGCCCUGUCUUUGGCAAUGGUGAUAUCAUGAGCUAUGAGGAUUAUGUCCAAAAAAGGGAAAUAGCUCCCACUGUUAAAGGUGUAAUGAUUGGACGGGGUGCUCUUAUCAAACCUUGGCUGUUCACUGAGAUUAAAGAACAAAAACUCUGGGAUAUCAGCAGUAGUGAAAGAUUUGACAUCAUAAAGAAAUAUACAAACUAUGGCCUUGAACAUUGGGGCUCGGAUACCCAGGGUGUAGAAAAUACGCGGAGAUUCCUACUAGAGUGGCUAUCAUUUUUGUAUCGCUAUGUGCCAGUAGGCCUUCUUGAAAGACCCCCACAGAAAAUAAAUGAGAGACCUCCCAUUUAUUUUGGUAGAAAUGACUUGGAAACCUUAAUGGCCUCUGGAAACUGCCAAGAUUGGAUCAAGAUUAGUGAAAUGCUUUUAGGGCCUGUACCUGAUGGUUUCCAAUUCCUGCCUAAACAUAAAACUAAUUCUUAUUAAGUCUUACUAUUUAGAUAAUAUUAUUGUUUAGCCUAGAUACAAAUAAAUAUAUGUUUUCAUAAUACA